AUGACAGGUCAUUGGUGGCUAAUUAUUCAAACUACAAAAUCAGUAUAUGUUGGAUAUUGGCCAAAAAAUUUAUUCACUCACUUAGACAAAGGAGCCUCUGUAAUAAGAUUUGGAGGUCAAACCUAUUCCCCACCUAAUAAGGAUAGCCCACCCAUGGGUAAUGGGAGAUUACCGAGUGAAAAAUUCAGAAACUCGGAUUUCAUGAGAUUACUAAAGAUUAUUGAUUCAGAAUAUAAUGAAGUUGACAUAGAACCCAAAGAUAUGAAGUUGUAUACUGAUACCAAUUCAAACUGUUAUGACUUGUGGUACCGUGGUUAUGGAGGAUAUCAGUUUAGGCAAGCUUUUCUUUAUGGAGGUCCAGGCGGACGAAAUUGUGAUAAAUGA